AUGAACAUCAAUGCCAAGCAGAAGCCUGGGUGGUCGGCAUUUCCGUCACCAAACUCUUUCGAGCACCUCUACGCCGAGAAAGCUUAUCUGACGGCUUCACUGAACAACCAGAGCGACCGAGAAGUGGACCUCAUGAGGAAGCUUUCCAUCCUUCAGGAGAAGAUCGACAAUGAACUGCCGCCUGACGAGCGACGCAAGUCGCGGAAGAAGACUGCCCUGCUGAAGAGCAGGAUUAUGGAGGCAGCGGCACAGAAGAAGACAAUUCUUCUGAGGCUCGGCGACAUUUAUGUAGAGCUCCAGAGUCGGGAGACGUGGAUGCAAAUCCAGAACGAACUAUACGAGCGACGAUGCUCCUCGUGGUCCACGGACUCGCCGAGUGCUGCCUACGUUACGACGCCUUCGGAUGUGACAUCUCUGAUCCCAAGGCCCUUGGACGCUGCCUCGCCAAUGUUCUUCCCCGCGGGUUGCCAUCAGACCUACAACAUGUGGGAGGCCACGACUCCUUGCUUCGAGCCCGAGAUGUGCGCUCCGCAAGAUGACGUACCGCCCGAAUUUUGGUCACAAGGUGACGAGGCCUUCGACAUUCGCGCGGACAAGCUAGGAAACCAUGACUUGCGGUUCGAGUACGAAGACCAGACGUUGCUCCAGGAUGUCGAUAGGACCCGGAACCAACUUCUGGUCAGAAACGACAGAUUUCGAAAGCUCAAAAAGACAAUGAGCCUUCCCUCGUUGAAAAGUCUUUGGCCUGGGUCCGAGAAAUCUCAUGGGCUGCAGGCGAAUACAGGUGAGGCCCUUGGGGCCUAG